CAUCUUAGAUAAGUUUAGUUUGCUUAAAAAUUGAGGAUAUGAUUAACCCAGAAACUUCAAGUUUUCCAUUCAAGUUCGUUACACUUUUGAGAACCCAUGCUUAUAUAUACAUAGCAAAAUUGGGCACAAAGUACUCUUAUAUCUCAAUCUGUCUUGGCUUUCAUUAAUGGCCAAGUACAACCAAAAUCUUUGUGCUUUUAUUCUAGUUGUGGUUUUUUUUUCUUGGGUUUUGCUUUUGCAUAGUGCUGAAACUGAGUACGUUUCGGCCGUGGGUGAUCCGGGAAUGAGAAGGGAUGGCCUGCGGGUGGCGAUAGAGUCAUGGAACCAGUGCAAUGAGGUUGGUCAAGAAGUUCCUUCCCUUGGCAGCCCAAGAGCUGCCGAUUGCUUUGACAUAUACAAUACUACUACUGCACCAGUAUUCGGUAACAGUUAUGGGUUAGUCCACAAAGUGACGGAGGAAGACAACAGACUUGGGGUAGGAGACGUCUUCCUCGGAGUGCAGCCAGAUGCCCUUUUCGAUGUAGACCUUUAUGCUGCAGGUAAGGAACUGUAUCUUGGAUCAAAAUGUCAAGUUGAAGACACCCCAAAUCCAUGGCAGUUUUGGAUGAUCAUGCUUAAGAGCGGUAACAUGGACACUUUCAAUAGUCCAUGCCCUAAAAAUGGCUAUAAAGUUCGAUCUUUCGGACCGGACAGCAGGUUCCCUUGCUUUGGAAAAGGGUGCAUGAACCAACCAACGAUAAAUCAUGACUAUACCAAUUCGGAAGGGCCUAAUAGCAUUACUCUUAAGGGAAGGUUCUAUGGGUCAUGGGACUUGGACGCCGAUUUGAGCAAAGGUUUGGUUGGGAAUAUAUCUUACCAUUCAGUAACUUGGGAAAAGGAAAUUGGCAAGGGAAGUUGGGUUUUUCAUCAUGUCUUGAGGACUUCAACAAAGUAUCCUUGGUUGAUGCUUUACUUGAGAUCUGAUGCCACCCACGGAUUAUCUGGUGGUUACCAUUACCCAGGUCGAGGCAUGUCUAAAAUUAUACCCGAGUCACCAAACUUUAAAGUGAGGUUCACCUUGAAUGUGAUCAAAGGCGGUGGUCAAAAAAGCCAGUUCUAUCUAAUGGACAUGGGAAGCUGUUGGAAGAAUGAUGGCCGACCUUGUGAUGGAGAUGUGACUUCAGAUGUCACAAGAUACAGCGAAAUGAUCAUAAAUCCAGAGACAAAAAGAUAUUGCAAUUCAGACGACAUCAGACACUGUCCACCUUACCACACAUACCCUAAUGGGACGCGCGUUUAUCGCAACGACACUGCUCGCUUCCCAUAUGCAGCCUAUCACAUGCAUUGCUCACCAGGUAACGGAGAGCAGAUUGAGCUGCCUUACGCCAUGUGUGAUCAAUUUAGCAAUCCUCAGCCUCAAGAGAUACUGCAGAUUUUGCCACACCCAGUUUGGGGUGACUAUGGUUACCCUACAAAGUUUGGAGAAGGUUGGGUUGGGGAUCCAAGGACAUGGGAACUUGAUGUUGGGAGGUUGUCCCAGUCACUUUACUUUUAUCAGGAUCCAGGUACUCCACCAGCUAGAAGGCAAUGGACGUCGAUUGAUUUGGGAACAGAGAUAUAUAAAGACCCUGACCAAGUUGCUGAAUGGACUGUUACCGACUUUGACAUCCACGUACCUAAGCAACGAAGGCAUUGAAAAGACGUACUAGCUUCAGCUCGAAACAACGAAGCUUAUUAUAAUGGGGAAAUAGUGUAGCUUUUUCUCAUCAACUUAGUAAAAUUAAAGAGGGUUUUCGUGGGAUUUUUUGUUUUAUCAGUUGUUUUAUUUGGCUAGUGAAAAAGAUCUACUUCUACUAGGAUUCUUUGUUUUUUAUUUAUUAUUUGAGUUAGAAAAUAAAAGAUAGAGAGCUCAAUUGCUCAAAUGAUAUGUGCAUAUUCUUUAUUUC